AUGUGUUUUACUAAAAGAUUGUCUAAGUUUGGGAUUGGGAUUACAGGAAAAUUAAAUCACGAUCCAGUGGCUAUCAAACAUUAUAAUGACCAUUACAGUCCAUUGGAUUGCGAAAUAUGUUUUUCAGUUGAAAUUUAUACUGAAAAAUUAGAAAUUGCAACUAGAAAAUUUAAUUCUUUUAAUAGAGAUCAACUACUAGAAUGUCCUGAAUUAAAGACACCAAAUUUAUAUGAUUUACCAUUAGAGGAACUAUUAAACAUUGCAGGGAAGAUGCCUUGGGAUCAAGACUUAAAAGUGAACCGAUUUGCUGAAUUUUUCUACCAAGAAUACCAAAAUCACAAGAAGACUAAAAUGCAGUUUUGUACAUUUUGUUACAAUAAUGCUCGUAAAGAAAUUGAGAAAACAGGAGGAAAAAUAGAUAGUUAUUCUAAUGAUUGUCCAUGGAAAGGACAUAGUGUUAAAAAUUCAAAAGGAAUAGUAACAUGUUCCUAUUUAAGAAGCCUUUCAUGUGCAAAUUGUGGAGCUACUGGAGAUAAUGCUCAUACCAAGAAACAUUGCCCUCAUCCUACCCUAGUAAUGAAAAAUUAA